AUGGUUGAUGUGGGGCACUUGCUUUGGCAACUUGAAAGGAAGAGAGAAGAAGGGAAAGUGGUAGUGGUUGACCGGCCAAAUUAUAGAAAGAAGAAGAUUCAGUGGUGGCUGACGAGUCCGACAUUUUGGAAGGAAGAAAACAGAGGAAGGCUACUGAAGAAUCUGCCUUUUCUUCAUGUAUGGAGAAUCUGGGAAAAGGGUGACCGAAAAGGGGUAAUGUCGGCCGCUGUGAAAGGAUAUCAUAUAGUACAGAGAGGUGCCAAGACAGAGAGAUACAUGGAGAUGAAACAUAUGCAGCGACAGAGGAAAGGGCUAACGCCGGCGGCCUACGAGAAGAGAAGCAAACUUUGA